CAAGACUCUUUUCACUCAAGUCAGCUAUUUGAACACGAUGACAUCUCCAAAGUUUGUUUUAUAUCUGACAUGUUUGUUCUUGUGCAAAGCGGCUCUGAUGGCUAAUCUAUCCUCAUCUAUUCGUCAAGAGAAAGAUUUUAUAGCAGCUUCUGUUGGUGAAAGUAUAAUUUUGGAAUGUUCCUAUGACAGUAAUGUGGUAGCUAGGUAUUACUGGUAUAAGCAAACUUUGGGGCAGAAACCAAGGCUCAUCUCUAGUUUCUACUCAUAUGAUAAAAAUGGCACCUUUUAUAAUGAAUGCAAGAACAAUCCACGCUUCACACUGGAGACUGGAAAUGGUAAAAAUCACUUGAGGAUCUCAGAUUUACGCACGUCAGAUUCAGCGACUUAUUACUGCGCAAAUAGCUUUUCAAUAACAUUUGAAUUUGCAGAGGGCACUUCUGUCAGUGUAAAGGAUUUAGGUUUGAACAUCCAGGCUUUGGUCCAUCAGUCAGAAUCUGAGACCAUCCAGCCAGGAGGCUCUGUGACUCUCAACUGUACAGUACACACUGGGACCUGUGAUGGAGAACACAGUGUUUACUGGUUCAAAAGCUCUGAAGAAUCUCAUCCAGGACUCAUUUACACCCAUGGAGACAGGAAUGAUCAGUGUGAGAGGAAACCCAACACACAAACACACACCUGUGUCUACAACUUGCCAAUGAAAAACCUGAGUCUUUCUCAUGCUGGGACCUACUACUGUGCUGUUGCCUCAUGUGGACACAUACUGUUUGGAAAUGGGACUAAGCUGGAUAUUGAAGAUGAGAACUCUCUCGUCUUGGUGUAUGUCUUGAGCAGCGCCUUGGCAUUCACCAUCAUCCUGAGUGUUUUACUGACUUUCUUACUGUACAUAAGAAAGAGAAACAGCUGCCAGUGUACAGAAUCUCAAGCAAGAUUUACAGCCUCCUCCACAACAAAUGCAGAGAGUUGUAAAAAUGAAGAAAACCUCCAUUACGCUGCUUUAAGGGUAAAAAAGGCUGACAGAUCUAGAAGACUGAGGGAUGACACACAGGAGGGAUGUGUGUACUCCAGUGUAAAGCACAUGACAUGACUUCAAUUCUGUUGCCUUCUGUGUAAUUUCACAUGUAAUUUUACCAAAUGAUUGAUGCAAAGCUUAACCUUGCCAUAAACUAAUUAAAGAACCUCCUCCAA